GCCAGCCGCCCAGCCGCAGGCCGCCGGCCCCGCCGCCACAGAGCCCAAGCCCCGCGGAGCUACCGGCGGCCCGGCCCGGAGGCGCUACGGUCACGCCGCGCGCCCCUGCCAGAGCACACCAUGAACACCAUCGUCUUCAACAAGCUUAGCGGCGCGGUGCUUUUUGAAGACAGCAGCGCCCCGGGGCGCGAGCGGGGCGGCCGGCCCUUCGGCGGCAUCCUGGACGGUCCCCACGCCUGCCCCGAGGUGGGCAUUGCCGAUGGCCCGCCCCUCAAGGACAACCUCGGCCUGAGACACCGGAGGAAUGGGGCGCGGCAGAACGGCGGCAAGGUGAGGCACAAGCGGCAGGCCCUGCAAGACAUGGCUCGGCCCCUGAAGCAGUGGCUGUACAAGCACCGGGACAACCCGUACCCGACCAAGACCGAGAAGAUACUCUUGGCCCUCGGCUCGCAGAUGACGCUAGUGCAGGUGUCAAAUUGGUUUGCUAACGCAAGACGUCGGCUUAAGAAUACUGUUCGGCAGCCAGAUUUAAGCUGGGCUUUAAGGAUAAAAUUAUACAACAAGUAUGUUCAAGGAAAUGCUGAGCGGCUCAGCGUAAGCAGUGAUGAUUCCUGUUCUGAAGAUGGAGAGAAUCCUCCAAGAAACCACAUGAAUGAGGGAGGCUAUAACAAGCCAGUUCACCACCCUGUGAUGAAAAGCGAGAGUUCGGUGAUAAAAGCUGGUGUGAGACCAGAGUCAGGUGCCAACGAGGACUACGUGUCACCCCCAAAGUACAAGAGCAGCUUGUUGAACCGUUACCUUAAUGACUCUUUGAGACAUGUCAUGGCCACAAACGCCGCCAUGAUGGGGAAAACCAGGCAAAGGAACCAUUCAGGGUCAUUUAGCUCCAAUGAAUUUGAGGAAGAACUGGUGUCUCCAUCGUCAUCCUCGGAAACCGAAGGCAACUUCAUCUAUCGUUCAGACACUCUGGAAAAUGGAUCCAGUAAGGGUGACAGUGCAUCUAUCAGAAGGGGGGCGAGCAAGGAUGACACGUACUGGAAGGAGAUCAAUGCAGCAAUGGCCUUGACGAAUCUUGCCCAGGGAAAGGACAAACUGCAGGGAACCACCAGCUGCAUCAUCCAGAAGUCGUCGCACAUAGCAGAAGUAAAGACAGUCAAAGUGCCACUGGCACAGCCAUUCUGAGAGCCAGCGCUUUGCAGAUCGCGUGGAUAUUCUCCAAGGUGGUACGUUUUGUAAAUUCUCAUCCUUGGAGCCGAAGCAGGAGUGAAACAGGCACCUUCGCCAAUGUGGUCAGGAGAGCAGUUGACCUUUUCCGAGAACUUCUUGAUUUUUAAUUAUCCUAAAUAUAUCAUUUAAUUGCUUCUAUUAAAAAAAGCAUAUAAAUUAUACAAAACUUAUUUUAACCGAUAAUAUUAACUUAUUUUAUGUUACUCAAACUAUGCAUAAAAUGUCUGCAUUGCCAUUUCAGUAAGUGCCUUGCUUCCCCCAAAUAAGCUACAACGUGGGCAUAGCCAAACAGCUCUGCCUCAAAAUGACAACGCUGUAACGCUCAUUUGUCUAUGUGUGUCAUCCCAGAUGGGCCGAACCGUUCCAGGACUGAAACCUCAAUUGCUGAAAGCCCUUGAAAUGUAUUCAGUAACUCACAUGUUAAAACUUGGAAAUCUGUUCAGCCCCAGUGAAAUGCUCCUUUGAAAAAAUUCUGCAGUAUUUUAAAUUGUUCAGUGUUCCGUCCAGAACGGCAGUGUGGUUUUUAUGCCUCUGCUUGCUCGCGUAUUUGAUAGGUCUCAAACAUCCAGAAUGAAAGGUGCAGUGAUCCACAUGAUGUGUACCUUUAAGAAACGAUUCUUAAGACUAAUUUAAAAUAGCAAUGGAAUGCAUCGUGAUCACAAAAACUUUUUCAAACACUGCUGAAAAACACAACAUCCUAUAGGAUUAAUUUGGACUCUCUCUCAAGUUUUACUGUUUUUUAAGACGCUGUUAUGUAAAUAACUCAACAUGUUCCAGUGCAGAACUAAACCUAUAGUUUAGUUUUAAAACAUGGUACUGUUUGGCAUUAGAGCUCAGUGGGUUUUUUUGUGUGUGAUGGAAACUGAUUCAUAUGAAUGACCAAAAAACCUUUUGUUUGGUUCAUUUCAAAUCACAAUUGCAGAUGGACAAUUUAUAUUGCAAUGAGAACAAGACUUGGGAAGAAAUGUCUCUCUAUGUGAAUAUACGUGUAUGCACAUAAAGUUGAUUUUUAAAUUUAAAACAUAUGGAAAACAAAACACUGUACAGUCUCUGAAUUUUGCCAAGUAGGACAUUUAAAGUAAAAAUUAAGUGAAAUCAUGCAUUAAAAGAAAGAACACUUUGUUUCUAAAUUAGACUACCACUGAGUGAGAAUAAUCAAUAACAAAAAAGAGGAAUAUCUUUUUCAAUCAAACAAUAAUAGUCUAAUCAGCUUGGGAGAACCUGAAACUUGAAUAAACAAUAGAGAAGCCAAAUAUAACAGAAUGUAUGUGCUACAGAAAACUGAAAAGGAUUUGAUUCUUUUAUGGUGGGAUUUUUUUUCUGGGUAUGUAAUCUAUUUUGUAGUUUUGUUUGUUUUGUUUUGUUUUAAACUGGAAAACAUUUUUGUAAGUGGGUUUCAGAGCCAACAGUGCAGCCAUGCGGUGAUAUUUUUUAUUUUGCAAAAUGCUUUUAAAACCAAAGGCUGCUCCAGUUGUUUCAUGGACAAUUAUCAGUCUUGAUAUAAAUUGUAGGACACUUUUUCAUGUAACAUAGCAUUUGGGGAUUGGGUUUAUUUAGUAUCAUGAAGAUAGUUUGAUAUAAAAAUAUUUUGUGUGUGUGUGUAUAUAUAUAUAUUUUUACUUUGUUUUCUAAAUUGCUGUUUGCAGUAACAGUAAGUACAAAGCAAGAUAUGUAUGUUAUGACUGUAUGAUCAGAUGAAGUAUGAGUUCUUUUGAUUUACAUCCUUAAGUAGUUACAGAUCCAGGAUAAAAGCUUUGGAAUCUUUAUAAACCGAUGUUGCCAAAAUGUGAGCUUGUCAAUGAAAACCGAGGACAAGUACUUCACUCUUUAUCAUACUAAUAUAAGUUAUUCUCAUAUUAAAUACUUUAAUAAAUUGUUUUUUGUUUUGACGUAUUUCAGUUAGAUGAAUGAACACUGGUUGUUUUCUAUUUGAAUCAGUCAUGGUUCAUUUUUGCCAUCUUUUGAAAGAGAAGCAACAAAUUUGUUCUGUGUUAUAAACUACAGAUGACAAGCCAAUGUGGGACAGUAAUUCACAAGAUUUUUUUAAAAUACCAAAGCUUGGAGUUUGGCCUAUAAGCAUGUCAGCAAGAUUUUACAGUUAGCACAUCCUUGACAAUAUUUCCAAUGGCAAUUACCUUUAAUUUAUUUUUUCUUUUGCUGCUUUAACAUUUUCUGGAAAUUAAGACCUACCACCACCACCACCACCCCCGAUCCUUUAAAAGAAUCUUGAGCAAUGCUGAGCUAGCAGCAGAGCAUCUAACUCAUAAUUUAUGUUGUAGAGAAAUAGAAUUACCUCUCUUCUGUGUUUUGCCAUAUGUAAUCAUUUUAAUAAAAUUAAUACCUGCCAGGAGUUCGUGACAGACUUAAAAUAAAAGUUAAU